UUGUUAAGCCUUGCAAUAACUUUGGUGACUUUGAAAUUUGAAUUCGAUGGUCAUUAGAAGGCUGAAGUUGAUUGGAAGCUCGUCUGGCCGAGACAUGUGCGUGAUGCUCCCAAGGAGUCUUCUCUGGUUUGUGCUCUCGCCAUGAAAUCUUUCGCGCCUCCCUUCAUUUUGGCCUGGCUCAUCCGUUGGACAGCUUCAAACGAAAACCUCGGAAUUCUUCAAGAUCCUUAUCCUGAUAAACCUCGUAUUACUUUCCGCCCAGACGGCACCUUCAAGCUCACUGUCUUCUCUGAUAUGCACUGGGGGGAAAACCCUUGGGACUCCUGGGGACCCGAACAGGACGCGAAUAGUACGAGGCUUAUGGAAAAGGUGUUGCCAAGUGAGAAGCCAGAUUUCGUGGUAUUGAACGGAGACUUGAUCACGGGUGAAAACGCCUUCAAAGAUAACGCAACGCUGCUCAUAGACAGGAUUGUUGCCCCUCUAAAUGCCGCACAGAUACCGUUCUGCUCUACACAAGGGAACCACGACAAUCAGAAGAACAUCACACAUUUGCAGGAGAUCCUUAGGGAGCAGCAAGUUGCACCGCUGACUUAUACUCGAGUUGCGCCUGCUGGUGUAGGUGGUGUUGAGGGACCAGGGAGUUAUUGGGUUCCAGUAUACGAGAAGGCGUCUGAUCUGUCCCCCGUACUCGUUUUAUGGUUUUUUGACUCUCGAGGAGGUUUCUCUUAUGGCGACAAUAGCACUGCCAUUCCUGACUGGGUAGAUGAAUCCGUUGCAGCCUGGAUCGAGAGCGAGAGCGCGACAAUGAAUGACGCCUGGGGUCCGGCAGAGAACCGUGGCGCACUGGCGUUUGUGCACAUUCCACCACAUUUAAUACAGAAUCUUCAAGCACGGUUAAAUAGCACAAAGGAACCCGGGUUAAAUGCGGACAUUUUGGGUUCUGGAUCGACACAAAGCACCACAGACGAAGACGAUGUCGGGCAAGACAAUGCGUUUUGGAACUCGUUAAAUGCAAAUGUCAAGAACUUACAUGCGGUAAUAUCUGGACAUGACCACGGGGACGAAUGGUGUAUCCGUGAACCUACCAAAAACGUUAUAUUCUGUUUCGACAAACAUGCUGGGUACGGAGGGUAUGGAGACCCUUCCUGGGGGUAUGGUGUGCGGAAUUUGGUGUUUAGUUCGACAGAGCCGAAGGGAGGGGUACAGACAUGGAUUAGACUAGAAGAGGGGGAGAUCAGGGCAAAUGUCACAUUAGACGAGGGCUAUUCGUGAGCUGUGAAUGUGAGUGAAAAAACGGGCUUCAUUUUCUUGUGGAGGAGUAUUCAAUAAAUCAGGUCGAAUCGGUAUGGUCGUUUUCCUUUUCCAGGACCCAGUGGAAUUCCUCUGUGAACUUCGUAAAUUGUAACAGUAUUGUCUGCAGUUUGUUUUGCCCUCGUAAUUACGAUUAUGGUAGAGCACUAAUUGCUGUACUCAUGUGAGAAAAUCCAAGACAAAAGGGUACAUAACUCAUCUCCAUAGACGAAUUACUGAUAGGAUGGAUCGAUAUAAGACAGAUGAUACAUGGC